AAACAUUCUAAUUGCAGUUCCAAUUUCAAUUUCAAUUCCAAUUUCCAAUUAGACAAUGAAGGGCAAGUUCAACGGCACCAUUCUCCAGAGCGAGGCUCUCGCCAAGUAUGUUUUGGAAACGAGCGCUUAUCCGAGAGAGCACGAGCAGCUCAAGGAGCUGCGGCUGGCCACAGUCGACAAAUACAAUUUUUGGAGUAUGAUGAAUGUACCGGCAGAUGAGGGGCAGUUCAUCUCGAUGCUGCUCAAAAUAAUGAACGCGAAGAAGACUAUAGAGGUCGGAGUCUUCACCGGCUACUCUCUUCUUUCCACUGCCCUCGCCCUCCCCGACGAUGGCAAAAUCAUCGCCGUCGAUAUCGACCGCGAAGCCUUCGACACCGGUCUGCCUUUCAUCCAGAAGGCAGACAUGGCCAACAAAAUUCAAUUCAUCCGGUCCGACGCCAUGACAGUCCUCCACGACCUCCUCAACAAGGGGGAAGACGGGACGUUCGAUUUUGCGUUUGUGGAUGCGGAUAAGUCGAGAAACAUAAAGUACCACGAGGAGUUGUUGAAGUUGGUGAGGGUUGGUGGGAUAAUCGCCUACGACAACACGCUCUGGUCGGGGUCGGUGGCGGCGACGACGGAGGAAGAAGUGAAGAUACAAGAUUUUAUGAAGGCGUGUAGAACUCACAUCAUGAAAUUCAACACAUUCCUCGCCAGUGACCGCCGCGUCGAGCUCGCCCACCUGUCCAUCGGCGACGGCCUCACUCUCUGCAAGCGCCUCGUCUAAAUACCAAACCCUUAAUUUCCAUUUUUAAUUAAUUAAUUAUUUUCUAUUUUUAAAAAAUAAAGAAAAUAAAAUUGUUUUUCUUUUAAUUUUAAUUUUAAUUUUAAUUCUAUUUAUUAUUGUUAAAUGUAUUUUGAUUAAUAAU